GAGGCAGCAAGUAAGCUAAAGGGUAAGCUGCGAAGAAUCGCAAUCGUCAAAUCAUUUUGCGAGCCAGAAAAGGAGAACUCAAAUUGGAUGCAAGUUCUCGGCCCACGAGAAUUGCAAGUUCAGCCUCACCAAGAUGGGGAGAAGGCUCAAAGCCGACGACGGAUGAGUACAGGAUGCAUGCCGGAUUCUCUUCAGAAGAGGUGCAACAUUUGUUCGCCGCGGAUCAUGGACUUUGAACACAUUGUUGGUCACGAGGACUUGCGGAUCUUUCAGGUCUUGAAACCCAAGAUUGACGCCUGCGUUGCUGGAGAGGCAACAGAGGUGUUCGGCGUCUUUGUCUGUGGCACUGCUUCGUACGACAACAAGGCAUCCUUUGUCGAUCGCUUGGCAGCGAAAGUCUCGAAUGGUACAAGGAAGGAGAAAUGCAUGCGCAAAAUUCUAAGUUCCACUUCAGCUUUGCACACCGGUUGA